AUGGAUAUAACAAGCAAAGCACAAGAACUGAUAUACGCCUGUACGCUGGCCGUCCGUAUCUUCUUGGUUCCACGCGAAGACGUCCGCGCCAUGCCGUUGUGGGGAAAUGCAUGCGGGAUCGCGACUUGGGCGUCAGCCACUCUAGCUGCCGCACCACUCGGCUUCUUAUCUGCUCGGAGCAUACACCGAGUCGAACGGCCGAUACGGCCACGAGAUGCACAUGCUUUGGCGAAGGUAAUGAAAUACUGCAAGGACGAUCUGCUUGGUCCGACAGACCCACACGUAAGAUAUUCGUCAGUUCUGGAUCUGGGAAUGAAUAAUGGAUAUACGCGCCUUUCUCAAGUUUAUUUUCCCUUCAAAAUUGGCAUCAAGAGCGAUCUUCUCAUUCUCUUUUCACGUGGCUAUCAACAUUCGCCAACUUACCCAACUUCUCAAUUUUCCCAAACUUUCGCAAAACUUGCAACUGAAGUACCCCAGUGCACUCGGUUUCGCUGCAUAAAUCUGACAAAGUCACAUCAAGUAACUCAAUUCCUCAUGGGUCUGGCUCUCCUAAUAUGCCCACAGAUUUCCUUACUGCCUAACAUCCUUUCCUUCAACGACGUUAUCAAGAAUCACAUCAACAGCUCUCCAAUUUCAUACACCCCAAAUGAAAAAUUUAACCUGGCCCUCCCUCACAGCAAAUAG